GUUUUGGUGGCUUAGUCGCUGUCGGUCCGCGACCUCCCAUCUCUCUCGUCGACUGCUUUUAAUUUGGCGCCAGCUACAGUUAGCUGGACGUUCCAUUAUUGUUAGGGAUUCCUCAACGGUUAGGGAUUCCUCAAUUGUUAGGGAUUCCUCAACGGUGCUAGGCUGGAGUCAACAAAGCUGCACUGAUCUGAGCUAUAUUAUCUGUGGAUAUAUAUGAAUUUGGAAUAUAGGAAUCUUAGUUCAGCAAAAGAGAAAGUCGUCUGAGAAGCUUAUGAACCAACUCUUUCGAUUCGGACAGCGGAUUGGUAAGCCUGUCAGCGAAAUUCAAAAGCACAUUUACAGUAAACUAACCAGCAUACUAACAAAACCCAAUGUUAACGGUACUUCUAAUAAUAUUCAAACUAUCCAAACAGAGGUAAUGGAAACGGAAGAGACAGAUAUUUCUUCUGGAGAAGAAGCGUAUUACCAAGCCGCAAUUGGUAAGGUAACGAAUACCCCGAGCAGUAAUAGAAAACAAGGUAUAUUCCAAUCUCAUCUCAAUAAAACAAAUGAUAGAGAGAGUUCUACAGAAGUUGAGAGUGAAAUGGAGUGGCGAAAAGUGGAGAGAAAAAAGAGAAAGGCAAGUACAAGAACUAUAAAUGAAGAUGACAAAAGAGUUAGGAAAGGAAGUUUCGAAAACAAAGAAGGGUCGUGUUCAAAUCGUAAAAAAGGUAAGGAACAGAAUAUCAGAAAUGAGAAAAAAUCUAUGAUAGUAGAAAUAAGAGAUGUUGGUGAGAAAUCAUGCAUAAGCAAAAUAAGCCCAGCAAGACUCAUUAAAGAAAUUACCUCGAAGUAUGGAGAGGUGAGUAAAAUUACGAAAGAAAAGGGAAGCCUGAAAGUUACUUGUAUUGAUGAAACACAGAUGAAAAAGAUUUUAGAAAUGACUGAACUAAUUCACACCCCUGUAAAGGUUGCACAACAUCUGCCCAUAACUCAAAUCCGCGGUGUUAUUCAUAAAGUAGAUACCCUAAUCACGGAGGAAGAACUAAAUGAGCUCCUGAAAGAACAAGGUGUGACGUAUGUAAAGAGAUUCAAUAAAAGAAUAAACGGUGAAUUAUCACCAACCCCUUCUGUUCUACUAGUAUUCAAAGGGCCAAAUCUUCCACACCAUGUCUCCUUUCUAUACCAAAAAUAUGUAGUUGAUGAGUUUGUCCCUACUGUAACAAGAUGCCACAAAUGCCAGCAAUUUGGGCACAUCCAAAAGAAUUGCAAGGGUCAUUUAAGAUGUGUAAGAUGUGGUGAGGCCCACACUUUUGAAAUGUGCCCCAAUAAAGAUCACCCAAAAUGCUUGAGAUGUAACCUUAAUCAUUCAGCGGCCUAUCAAGGAUGUACCUAUUAUAAGGAAGCAAAAAAUAUUCAACAUGUCAGCUUGCAAAAUAAUUUAACUUAUGCUCAAGCAACAAAAAUAUACCAUCAAGAAAAAAGAGAAGAAAAUCAUUCAAAAGAUCGUGAUUCAUCAAACAAGAAUAUAAUCAAACCCCCCAAAAGAAAGAAAAUCCCUGAUCAACCGAAUACUUCGGAAGCUGACGUAGAACAAAUACCAAUUACGGUAAAGAGGUCGACCAUAAAAACGGCGACCAUGUCCACACAAACAGAAACGGCGGAAAAGUCUGUUCAGACAGAUGCGCAAGAAUUUACUUCUAAUCAUAGGCCUAAUGAAGCAGAAGAAUCUGGGCCUGUAAUUCCCGCAUCCACAGAAAAUGCUAGAGUCGACUUUUUGGCUUUCAUCACUUUUAUUGUAAAUAACCUUGACAAAGAAACUUCACAUUCAAACAGAAUUAGAUUAGUGGUUGAUGCAGCCAAGCGAUGCUUAGACAUCAACGAGGUGUCUCCAGAGAUGAUCCACGAUCGUCUUCAGUAAUAAAGACAGCUCAAAGACUAUCAACGCUCGGACUUUCAAUAUUUUACAAUGGAAUGCCCAAAGCAUGAAUGCCCACGGUCCAGACUUUUACAAAGAGCUAAUAGAAAGUGUAGAAUUAAACUCACUCCCUGCCUUGAUAUGUUUACAAGAAACGUGGUUCACUGAUUUCAAUAUAUUAGCAAUUCCAGAUUUCAUCCCAGUAAUAAAAAAUAGAGGCCAAGGAGGAAG